CAUCGGUACUCUUUGCAGGUGGCUUUGCUGGAAAUCGACGAAUUGUAUUAGAGAAGGAAAACAAGAGAAAGAUUCAUUGGCAACUAGAGUUAAUGUCUAGAAAGUAUCAGUAAACGACGUAGACGUUUCAACUACAUACUGAAUCCUUGUUGUCUUACGUUUCUUUUCAUCCAAGAGAGCGCUAAUGGUCUACAUUACUUAUGCUAAAAAAAGUUUUUUUAUUCUUUUAUUCUUUUCGUUUAUUCAUGAUUUUUUUCAUUUCUUUUUCUGUGCGUUCAGAAUAGUAGAAACGAUACCCUACAGGUAACAGAGUAUACCCUGUUACUUUACCUCCACUGCAUCUUCAGAGGGUCCACCUUCAGCAAAAUUUUAGUCUGUUAUUUUUGGACAUAAUUUCUUUAUUUUUUCUCAUUUCAUUAUAGACGGUUUCAUCCCUUUUGUUAAGAGAUGUCUUUGGAAGCAAACGUAAAGACGGCUAGAGACUCCUUCAUUACUCUUCAAACACUCUCAGUCAAGGAACGAGAUGAAGCACUAGACAUAAUUGUAGAAGAGCUAAUAUCGAAAAAGGACACUAUACUAAAAGCUAAUGCUGAAGACAUGGAGUCUGCAAAGAAACAGAAUGAAGCUGGAAAAUUGAGCUCAUCUAUGUUAAAGCGUCUUGACUUAUCUACUUCUGCUAAAUAUGAAUCAAUGGUCCAAGGUGUCUCAGACGUUAAAAACCUCGACGAUCCUCUAGGCCGUGUUACUUAUGGCUGUCGCCUUGAUGACAACUUGGAUCUGUAUCGUGUUUCUUGCCCCGUUGGUGUGCUUUUGGUGAUUUUUGAAGCUCGCCCAGAAGUAAUUAUCAACAUCACCGCUCUCGCCAUCAAGUCUGGCAAUGCAGUCGUUUUGAAAGGAGGUACAGAGUCUACAAAGUCUUUUGCUGCUCUGUCGGAAGUUGUACGCUCGGCUCUCUCUAGGAGCAAAGUUCCUCAAGGUGCAGUACAACUAGUUCAAAGCCGUGAAGAAGUUGCUCAACUUCUUCAAUUUGAUCGCUAUAUCGAUCUUGUCAUUCCUCGUGGCAGCGAUAAAUUAGUUCGCUACAUCAAAGAAAACACCAAAAUCCCUGUCCUUGGUCAUGCAGAUGGUUUAUGCUCUAUGUACGUUCAUGAUGAUGCCGACAAAGACCUCGCGGUUAAAGUUGUUUUCGACGCUAAAACUGAUUAUCCUGCUGGCUGUAAUGCUGUUGAAACUCUCUUGGUUCACGAAAAUGCGCUCACCACCCAAUUCCCUUUAAUUGCCGAAAAAUUGGCCCAAGCCUCCGUGGUUCUUAAAUGUGAUGACCGCUCCUUUGAGGUUUUAGAAAGGGUUCCUUAUGCCGCUUCAUUGCUCCAGCACGCUACGGAAAAGGAUUAUGAUACUGAAUUUUUGGAUUAUACUCUAGCUGUUAAAACAGUUUCCUCAUUAGAAGAAGCAAUGGAACAUAUUAAUGCCCAUGGUUCAAAACACACUGACUGCAUCUUGACCUCGAAUGAAUCUGUUGCAAAUAAAUUUAUGUCUGGUAUUGAUGCUUCAGGUGUUUAUUGGAAUGCUUCUACCCGCUUUGCGGAUGGCUUCCGUUAUGGCUUUGGUACUGAGGUAGGUAUCAGUACAAACAAAAUUCACGCCCGUGGUCCUAUGGGAUUAGAAGGCUUAACUAUAUAUAAGUAUCAACUUCGUGGAAAAGGACAUGUUGCUUCCGCCUACGGUGUCGGUCCUAAUAAGAUCCCCUUUAAGCAUGAGCCCCUUGAUGUCCAUCAUAUUUCUGAGGUUACCAAAUUGGAAGAUUGAGCUUCAAUAUGUCUCUAGUUUCUGUUUUAUGAAGUUCACUUCUGUUUUGGAAAAGUCCCCUCUUCCUUUCGUUUUAAUAAUUUGUUCGUUCCAUAUAAUAAAUUCAACUUCUGUUGUCUUGCUGGGUAAUUUCGUAUAAAUGAAAACUAUGUCAAACGUCCCGCUGUAAGUAUAGUAUAUAACAUAAACAAAAAAAAGAAAAAGGAAACAUCUCGACUUAUUUAUAAAAUAUCUUCAAUAAAUC